AUGAAUCCUAUGGAGAAACAGAAUCAUUCUGCAUUGAUUGAGGUGACUGAAUUUAUUCUCCUGGGGAUCACCAGCAACCCUGGGCUGCAAGCACCUCUCCUUGCAAUCUUCCUUAUCAUAUAUUUGAUCACAGUGACAGGCAAUCUGGGCAUAGUUAUCUUGACCCAUUUGGACUCCAAGCUAAAUACCCCCAUGUACUUUUUCCUUAGACAUCUGUCAAUUACUGAUCUUGGUUACUCCACUGUCAUCGGCCCAAAAAUGAUGGUAAACUUUGUGGUGCACAAAAAUACAAUUUCCUACCAUUGGUGUGCCACCCAGCUGGCAGUCUUUGAGAUUUUCAUCAUCACCCAACUGUUCAUUCUUUCAGCAAUGGCCUAUGAUCGCUACGUAGCCAUCUGCAAACCUCUCCUCUAUGUGGUCAUCAUGGCAGAGAAGGUGCGUUGGGCGCUGGUCCUUAUUCCUUAUUUCUACAGCACAUUUGUGUCACUCUUUCUCACAAUCAAAUUAUUUAAAUUGUCCUUCUGUGGCUCCAACAUUAUCAGUUAUUUUUACUGUGACUGCCUUCCUCUCAUAUCCAUGCUCUGUUCAGACACACAUGAAUUAGAAUUGAUCAUUUUAAGUUUUUCAGGCUGUAAUCUGCUUUCUUCCCUCUUGAUUGUUCUUAUAUCCUACAUGUUUAUUCUUGUGGCCAUCCUCAGAAUGAACUCAACCGAGGGGAGAUACAAAGCCUUCUCAACCUGUAGUUCCCACUUGACGGUGGUGGUCGUGUUCUAUGGGACAUUAUUGUUUAUUUACCUGCAGCCCAAAUCCAGCCAUACUUUUGAUAUUGAUAAGAUGGCCUCUGUGUUUUACACCUUGGUGAUCCCUAUGCUGAAUCCAUUGAUCUACAGCUUAAGGAACAAAGAAGUAAAAGAUGCUCUGAAGAGAAUUUUAACCAACCGAUGCAAAAUUUCCACUUAA